UUUAUGUCCCCCUGCAACUGGGAAUGCUACACCAGUACAUAUUGACUCUAUCCGUCUAAGAAUUAGAAGAAUAGAACUCAAUCAAGGUCACUUUUUUUUUUUUCCUCUCUAAAUUAAGAUAAAAAUGUCCGUAAACGAAGCAAUUCCUGAACAUUCGUAUCAAAAUAAAAGCCUUAACCCUAGAAUUACCUGGGAAGGUUGCAGUGUCUUGCUUGAUAUCAACGAUGGCGACCGUUUGGUUUUCGCUCGUCUAACUCAUGCCUCGAGAUUGAAGAUAGGGAAUAAAAAUUACUCCCUUCAGCCUUUGAUAGGUUGUCCAUAUGGGUCUCUGUUUCAAGUGGAGAGUGGAGAAGGAGGACCAAUUUUGGCUCGUGUUUCUCCGGCCAUUGAAGGUAAUAAUCUUGAGGCAGAAAGUGACUCACAAACUACAGAUGUCUCCAAAGACAAUCGAGCACUAGUUGAUAAUAACACAGCUCAAAGUCUCACUGGUGAAGAUAUAGAUGAAAUGCGGAGACAGGGUGCAUCUGGGGAUGAAAUAGUCAAAGCUCUCAUUGCAAACAGUGCAACUUUUGAGAAGAAGACUCAAUUUUCACAAGAAAAAUAUAAGCUUAAGAAACAGAAGAAGUAUGCACCCAAAGUACUUCUCAGACGUCCCUAUGCACGAAGCAUAUGUGAGGCAUACUUCAAGAAGCAUCCUGACAGAACUGGGUUCAUGCGAGUGGACACUUUAUCUCUUCUGCUUUCUAUGGCAAAUGUGACUGCACAUGCCAAUGUACUUGUAGUGGACAAGGUUGGUGGUCUAGUUACUGGUGCUGUUGCUGAACGUUUAGGAGGUACUGGUUAUGUUUGCAAUACUUAUCGUGGAGUUGCACCAUAUCCUACUGAUAUCAUAAGGAUAUUUAAUCUUAGUGAUGAAAUUAGUAGAAGAAUUGUACAUGCGUCAUUGGCUGACCUGUGUACAUCUCAAACCGGAGCUUCAACAUCAGAGGACGGGGUGGACCAGGCAUGCAACAUCAGAAGUCAGUCAAAUUUAAGUAACGAGCUUCUUCAGGAAGAAAUCCCAUGCACUUCAUCUGUUCAAUCUGUCGGAGUAGAAGGAGCUGGUGUCUCCUCGGAUGAUGGGAAUAUGGAAAUUACACCUGAGAAAGUGGGUUCUCCAGUAAUAAAACCUUGUAAAGCUCCAAAGGCUGGUGAGAAGGCACCACUGGAAGUAGUUAACUCAUGGAAAGAAAAUGGCUUUUCAAGCUUAAUUAUUGCUGCUCCAGAAAUGGACCCUUGGAGUAUUAUCAAAGAUAUCCUCCCGCUUUUGUCAUUUUCAGCUUCAUUUGCAGUCUACCAUCAGUAUGCUCAGCCUCUAGCCACUUGCAUGCACAAUCUGCAAGUCGAGAAAUUGGCAAUUGGUUUACAAAUUUCUGAGCCUUGGCUCCGUGAAUAUCAGGUUCUUCCGUCGAGAACCCACCCACAUAUGCAGAUGAGUGCGUUUGGUGGGUAUAUACUGAGCGGUACUCGGAUAUGUAGCAAUGACCAGAUGCACAGCUGAAUUGAUGUAUUGUUUCUUCUAGGUUUGUGUCUUUCGCUUUCGAGUAGCAGCAUCUUUUUAGCCUGUCUUUGGCUAUGAUAUGUAUGCUGAGAGUCAUCUUAAGACUGUAGGGGUUAUCUCUCUUUGAGUGAGUGAUAAGUUUAUUCCAGCCAAUUCGUACUUGUAUUUAAGCUCUGUCACACAUUUGGAUAUUUUUUCAAAGUUACAAAUAUUUCUUCCCCUGAAGUGGGAGCUAUAGAAAUUUCAUGUUAAUUUUUAGUAUACUA